CCACAGAGCAUCAAGUAUAAAUUUCCACAUACAUAACUUGGGCGCUCAUUGCGUCUGGUGCUGGGUCUUGCGUCGUCAGGAUGGCAUCGAAAACUCUGAUCGCCCUCACUGUUCUCCUCUGCUUCGCGCUGGGAAUACGAGGCCAAUAUCAGCGUACCCGUCAAUCCUGCUGUGAACAAUACAGAAAGAAACCAGUGGCUUUCGUAAACAUAUUGGGCUACAGAGAGCAAAAAGAAGGAGAAAACUGCCGCCUUCCUGCAAUCAUUUUCCUCAUGACCAACCAGAAGCAGAUCUGUGCAAACAAGAACCAGAAGUGGGUUCAGGAAAUUCUGCGGAAACUCAGUGAAAAACUGAAGAAGAUGUCAAAGCCCAACUCAGGCAGUGAGGAAGAAGCACCAGUGGCCAAACCUGGAAGACGCCCAGUUCAUGAUGGCAGUGGAUUUAUCUUCAACAUCACAAACGGCACUGAAAGUUUUUAUGAGUAACGUACCAAGCUUUUGAGAUCUGGCACAAAAGAAUUAUUAAUGUUUGAGCUUCAGAUUGAGCUUCGGGUAAUGAAACCAUGCAAAUCAUCAUUACCUCCUGAACAGGAACAAAAUAGUUAGAUUAAUACGUGCUUUAACUAUCUGCUACAUCAUUUUAUUACAACUCAGGAGCAACCUGAGGAGGGCGCCCUGCUUCAGACACCCGCCUAUUAUUCACCAUGCUACCUGAAUGAGGCUAUAUUUAGAUCAUGCUAUGCUUUUCUGCUAUGAUUUCAAUGUAUAUUCCAGUAAAUAUCCUGUGCCGAUCAUAAUUCUCAUACAUAAAUAAAGUUAAGCAUUCCAA